AUGGGAAUGAGAGAUUUUCGUAUCAAGCUCAAGGCAUUUAGGGUGAAACACUUUUUCUUAGGGAAUGGAGGCAGAAAAAGGAAUCGUGGGGUUGCAAAUAAGCCUUCAUGGAUGAUGCCAAUAACACAUGGUCAUCAUGUGGUGGAGCAUAAUGUGAUCAAAGGUGAUUCUGAUGAGUUUGAUUCAGUUGUGAUACAGAGAGAGCAAAUGGAUCACACUGAAAUUUGGUAUUUUGGAAUCUUUGAUGCUCUAAUUGGAGAUGGGGUUACCAAGUAUCUGCAAUCCCAUUUUUUUGACAAGAUGCUCAAAGAGUCUCACAUGAGGAGAAAAAUCAAAGAAACACUCAAGAGAGCUUUUCUAGGCGCAAAAACUAAGACAAGAGAGGGACAUAAAUUAGAGGAGGCAUGCAUAACAGGGUCAACAUCUGUGAUGGUGAUAAAUGGUGAGAAACUUGUGAUAGCCAACAUGGGAGAUUACAGAACUGUUUUGUGCAGAGAUGGUAAAGCUUAUCAGAAAACUGGCAGAUAUAAUCAAUCGCCUAAGAGACAUUGGUAUCGCAAACUAUUUUCAGGAAACACAACAGGUAAAAAACAGCAUUGUAAUGGCUCAGAAGUUGUCGUGGGAGGGGAUUGGAUCGAUUCUGACACUGAAUUUUUGAUUUUAGCAAGCAAUGGCAUAUGGGAGGUGAUGAAGAAUCAAGAGGCUGUGAAUCUUAUCAGGCACAUAGAGGAUCCACAAGAAGCAGCUGAGUGCUUGGCAAAGGAAGCAUUGAUUAGGAUGAGUAAAAGCAACAUUUCAUGCUUAAUCGUUCGCUUUGAUUGAUUUCUCUCCAUAAUUAAGCUACUAAGCUAGAGUAUAUCCAUAAGCUUUGUUCAAGCUUAGUAAAAAAUGUUGUUCAUAUUGUUUGAACCAACUUAUUUU